AUGCUGCAGCAGCAACAACAGGCUCAACAGCUCCACGGAUCCACCAGCAAUUCGGUGGCGUCGUUGUCGUCGACGAUUGCAGCCUCGGGACUUGUUCUCUUACCUCCUCCUCCAUUGACGUUCAAGAACCUGACCAUUCACACCUCCUUGCUCUCAACAAAACAACAACUUUUGCAACAGCAACAACAGUUACAGCAAUUGCACCAUGCUCAGCUCAACACAGCCCUCAAGAAACAGCAGCAGCAGCAACAACAACAAAAACAGCAGCAGCAGCUCACGCAGCAGCAGCACCAACACCAACAGCAGCAGCAUGCUUCACAACCCGGACUGUCGAUGGAGGAUUGCUCGCCCAGCGCUCUUUCCGAGGAGACGGUUGGAGAGGGUGAACGGGAUGGUUCCAAGGGUGCUGGUGGUGGGAGUGGACAUGACAGCGCGGCAGCGAUAUCACCCUCGCAGUCGGCUUCUUUAUCGACGACCCGAGUUACCUCGCCCAUCCCAGGCACGUUCUCUGCCUCUGGACUUGCUCUUGGUGGAGACAGUAGCAUUGAUCAUUACCCCCCUCCUGACCAAUGGAACUACACCAUGACCCGCUAUCACGCCUCGCUUAUACCGCUAUGUCAGAUCGAAGAGCCCCCCACGUUCUAUGAGGGCAUGGACGAUCACCUACCCGUCGAGACAGACAAUGACGAUAACGACUCGUUUUUCCUCGACGACAGGGAUGGCAGGGACAAGGACAACAGGGACAUGGACGAGGCAACUUUUUUCCCGCUCACAAAACCACAUCAGUCGUCUAAGCAACAACAAACACUACAGCAGCAGACAACGACGACAACAAUGGCAGGUGAUGCCAUUAAUUUCAACCACCACCAGCAUGACCAUGGGCAUUAUUCACAAGAGUUCUUGCAGGGUCCAGAACAAGACUACAGCAACAACAACCAUCCUGACAGCGACCACCAUUCUGCAAUUGAGUCAACGUCCUGUCAACUUGACCUCCUCUCAGACAAGAACGAGGUCGACACGAGUGCCGCUGCUACUGCCUCUGUGACCAAACACCAGCGAAGACGGGAGAGGACGCUUGGAGGGAGUGGUGAGCAGAUUUUUUUCUACGACGGCAACAAUCUGAUGCACGCCAAGCUUUAUCCAGACCGACUCAAGGGCGACACUAUGAGCGAGGGGAUGGCUGGAACCAGCAUGCGUGCUUCUCCAGGAACUGCUACCGCGACUAUUCAUUCACAGGAGCCUCUUAACAGCAACAAGAGCAAGGCCAAUGGUAACAACGUUCAUGCCACCACGACCACUGCUGCCCUGCCUGUGGCAGCCACGACGACUGUUGUCAGUAGCAGCAAAGUGAACACCGAUGGCCAAGUCAAGGAGUCGCAGCAGCCUGAUGCCAUGCACUCUGCUCUUAGCCAAUCAGCGGUCCAGCCUCUGCAAAUCGCCGCCGCCACCAACAACGAAGACAAGUCUCGCCCACGUUCAAGGUCACGCUCACGGUCCAGGACAAGGUCGAGAUCUGGGUCGAGGUCGAGAUCUGUGACACGUAAAAGCCACACCUCCUCUCGAUCGCGUUCAAGGUCUAGGUCCACUGCUUCUGGCGCAUGGUCUCGCACUAUGUCCGAGUCUUUGAUCCGCAAGGAACAUAAUCAUUUUCACCAACAACCUUCGUCCUUCCCCUCGGCCAUGACCCGCCCAAGUAUCUUGACCAGGGGGUUCUCGGCAGAUUCAAAGUCACGACAGGAUCAUGAACAGAGAGCUAGCCAGACAGGGAAUGGCAGUGCGACAGGAAGCGCGAACCGCAUGGCGACGGCCAAGGAACGCUUUGUAGCUCUGGUCACUCGGAGUAACGGAGCUUCGACCCCUGUUCAAAACUCCAAGGAUGCUCAUGGCGGUAACGGUAUGGAUGGGAGCUCACCACUGAAGGGAGGUGGAGGAGGACGUCGAGACAGUGCAGACGACCGGUCUCCGAUUCUGGCCCAGACACAUCAUCGCCGCCAAGGGUCACCUUCGUUGAGUCGAACAGGACGUAUGGAGUACUCUACACUAACCGCCAGUUCCACUUCGCCAUCCCCAGCAGAUACCAACCUGGGUUUCCCCUACAACAACAGCUCACUUUUGAUGUCUUCUGAUUUUGCACGGACCUCUCCUGCCAACAAAUCCAGCAAUUUGCGACCCUUGCGAGGAAACGGAAAACCGAGACCGUUCUCGGUGGCGACUAUGGAGAAACUGAUGUCCUCAAACAGUCAGACAGCCCCUGCUCGCGGUGGUGGUCUCACGCAAGAGUCAUCGCGACAGGAGAAGCAAAACGGAGAUGCAUCUCCAGACCGCCUGGAGAUGUUAGCAAACGAUCGUCACCAUACCCAUCACCACCAUAUCCACAGUAACGGCGGUAUCGGUCUCCAUCAUCACCAACAGCAUCGACAGAGCUCGGUCCCCAUCACAUCGCACAGUAAUGGGCAGGAGCAUGAAUCGUUGCGCUCCCAGAUGAUAGGCUCCGGAUCUCACCCGUUGUUGACAUCGUUUGGAACCCCAGCAGAGGCGAGUAUGGCUAGUCCUGCCGCAGGAGGUGGUAUCGGAGGGGAUGGUAGGAGGCGUUCUAUGGCGGGGAAAGGCAAAGACGUAGAACGGUUCCUUGACCGAGAGCAAGGAUUCAAACUGGUGAAGACCACAUAUUCGGAGCCGAUCACUGACAACUUAACCAACUCGGACGGAGCAGGAGCAGGAGCAGGAGGAGCAUCACCGCCACUACACCUUCAUGAGCAUCAUAUCCACUACCACUACUAUUGCCAGCAUUGUCCACCGCUGAGUCAAUCGAAUCUGGAUGGAAUUGGCGAGAUGGAGGAUUGCUAUGGCGAUCGGGUGCCGCCGGCUCAAAUGCUCCGGCAUUCGGAGGGGACGGUUGCAGACGCUGCAGCUGCAGCACGACCUAUCCGACGCAGUGGUGCUGAAAAUGGUUUCGGUGCAGAGCUCUGUAUGAGUCCGAUUGAUUUCGAACGACAGGGGUUUGCGCCGAUUGGGUCGCCUUUGGAGGAUCCGACUGUGACGACCGCUGCUGCUGCUGUCAAGAAGAACAAGGUGAGGAGUUUUCUUGGGACGAUGACGAUGACUUCUUCGAUGCGCCGACGGUUCUUUGCGGAGCAGAAUCAGGAACAGAAGCAACAACAGCAAUCCCCCAUUGGUCCGCCGUCGGGCAACAAUUACGACUACGACUUUUACGACAGAGGCCAGCAACAAGUCCACGGUACACAACGCCACCAAAUCUCACCAAUCUUGACCAUGGGAUUCGAAAAGUCUGAUGGACGCAGAAGCGGCGGCUACGGAGCCUCUUCAUUCGCGACUAUGCGUGUGAAGCCCAAUCAACGUCGACGCGUCUCCCUUGCCAAUCUGGGCCUCACGGAUCAGUUCGUUGACGACAAUGAUGACAAGCAGCGUCGUCGUCAGCUACAGCAUAUGGAGUUCUAUGAUGAAUACGAGGAAGAGUUUGGCACUCCCUCGUCGAAUGGACGGCAGCGGCAGCAACUUCAGUCUCCUUCCCCGGACGGGAAUCCUCAACAGCAACGGGCAAAGUUCUUGUCGAGGCUGAAGCAGUUCUUGUUGCGACCUAGUCCCUUUGCCAAGAACUAUUCUUCAACCCCACCACCACCACCAGCCAGUGCACCAGCCACCAACAGUGGUAACCUUAACGAGACUUCCUCCGGACGUCCUUAUUCUUCUUCGUCGUCGUCUUCGGCUUUCAUGGCUGGUGUUGGUAACAGUAGCGGCAGUACUAUGCAGGAUGUUGGUGCUGCCACUACUGGCGCCUUUACAUCACACCCCACCGACACCUAA